AUGCCCAACAACGCCGAGGGAACGACGGAUCCAACCACACCAAUCUCUCCAUCUUUCGCUCGCCCUUAUCGCUCCCAUAAGGUUCCCGCCUGCGACUUCUGUCGUAAGCGGAGAAGUCGAUGCACUCAGGAGGUCGCCGAUCAACCAUGUCUUUUAUGUCGCAUGCAUGGCGCAACAUGCACUAGGGCAAGCAGCAGGCCUGGGCCUGCAAAGAGGAGACGUCUGGCAGUUGAUAAUGCACCCCAGGAUCCCCAAGAACCGCAACAGAGGCCCUCUCCGCCGCCCACGACGGAAUCUGCCAGCUACGCUGAGAGCACCCAUCAACAUCCUAGCGCUAGAGAUCGGUCUACAGCGACCCCUGUAUUCUCUCAGAACGAUGCGUCCAAUCAAUCUGGCCACAUCGUGGGGCCAGUAAUGGCUCGCGACGCUCAGGUCCUAGAGCGAUGUAUGUCAUCUAUCCCAAACUCGGCAGUUUCCUAUGCUCGGCCCAACCCAUACAGUGUUUACUCCGACGAUACCCGCAACCCGGUCAUAUACAUGAAAGUUCCAAGACAGAGAAAUAUUGCACCUUCUGGAAAUGGUACGGCAGGAUUCAGGCAGUUUGAAGCCAUGGAGAAAGUUGUCGAGCCGCUGGGGCCUGAGCUAUGCAGCGUCUACUUCAACAACAUCCAUCCACCAUUCCCGAUUCUAGAUGAGCAGACGGUCUUGAAGGCCUAUCAGCAAGAUGGCCUCCCGUAUGCCCUUGCAUGUGAAAUAUACGCGUGCUCGCUGCUACUCUGGAAAUCAUCACCAAAAAUUGCAGCCUCUAACCGUCCGGUCCCAGACAUAAGAUACAUGUGGAAUCUGACGGUUAGUGCGAUGAACGAUGAUUUUCUGAGCCCAAACUUCUCGACGAUCUUGGCUUGCAUACUGGAUCUCCUGGGACGUCCAAUUACCUCUAUUACAUAUAACGCGGUUAAUGUCGGCCGUGUUGUCGCCCUAUCGCAGAGCUUAGGGUUAAACCGUAAUCCUUCCACCUGGGGCGUGGACUCACGUCAGAAGAGCUUACGAAUUCGAACUUGGUGGGGUAUUCUGAUACAUGAUCAAUGGGCGAGCCUCUCACAUGGUACCCCGCCCCAUAUCCACAAGUCCGUUUGGGAUGUGCCGUUGCCGGACUCAGACUCGCUUAUGGUGAGCAUUACACCUGGCGAAGUCUUUCCACCCGACGCUCGAGUUCAAGGAGCCCACUCUUUCAUUGCUCUUUGUUCUCUAACCACUCUCCUCGGACAAAUUCUUCCCCUAAUCUACGUCCUGGAGGUUCAGCCCCUAGAGGCAUCGUUCAGGGCACUCCGACGCCACGAAACAGCACUCAACGAAUGGGAAGAAGGCCUUCCGUCAUGGCUUCGUCCCAGCUCUCCGGUCUUCGAGCGGAAAGCAGCAGGAGCACUAAAUCUCCAGCUCUCAUUCUUAGCUGUGAAACUGUGUCUUUCUAGGAUUGCGCUGCUGGAGAUACACCGAUCGAAUGAGUCUCCCGCGGAGGAGGAUAAAUUAUACUACCGAUCUAGAUGCCGGAAGGCCGCAAGAACUGUGAUUGAUUUUACAGUUAAUCUCGCUAGAGAUGAAUUGCAUGCUUUCUGGCUACCGUAUACAGCCUAUCACUUUACCUCAGCGGCGACACUAACGCUCCGGUGCGCACUGGAAGCUGAAAAUGCAGACACUGCGCAAGAAUGCAUAGCAAGUGCAAAGAAACUAAUUGACUUUCUUCGCCGCAUCAAGAACGAGGUCAACUGGGAUCUCGCCGAUAUCUGCCUAGGACAAUGUGAGGCUGUCGUUGAGAAGUUGUGCGAUACAGAGUACCUUGAGAUGUGGCGGAAGAACCCUCAUCCGCAUUCCCAGGGUGAAUAUGCCUUGGAUAGAACACAGCCGGGACAUGGAGUCAACGCUCCGUCAUUCCAUUUCGCAGCUCACAACAAUGUACCAAAUCCAGAAGGCCAGGACGAGUUCAUUAUUCAACAAGCACAGACAAAUCAAGCCAUGGCAGAUGAUAUUGGAAUCAAUGGGAUUGGGGAUCCUAGCUUUCUUCAGACGUUCAUGACCUUCGGAUCUAUGCCAGGCUUGAUGGCAGAGUCACCCCCAUUUCCUGACCUCUGGCAAAUGCCGUACAUGGACGAGUAUGGUUCUCGUGGACUUUAGUCCUCUGAUAAGGCCCACACUUGCCUAGUCAAUCAGUGGAGAUUGUAUCCUUAUAGAUUCUCCUGGAAGA